AUGUCGUCCGCGAACGUUCCGUCGCCCUUCAGCACGGAGGCCAGACGAAAGGCGAUGCAGGCUGCAAAGGCUGCAAAGGCUGCAAAGCCCGAGUCGAAGGCCGUCGUCACCAACGGCCACGGCGCCUCUGCCUCGACCGCCGCACGCAAGAACAGUGACGGCACCACGGGCACCUACGGAAGCGACACCGUCGUUGGGGUCGCCUCCGCGACUUCGAAGAAGACGCCUCCUCACCUGCGUCCCGGCCGACUCGUCUCCCCCAUCACGCCCACCAUGUGGUUCACCGAGGCGGGCCUCGCCAAGGCGGCGAUCGACUUCUACAUGUCGAUCUUCCCGCACUCGCGCGUCGUUAAGGUCUGCGCCGACGGCAGCAUGACGACCUUCGAGCUAGACGGCCAGCCCUUCGCGGUCAUCGACUCGUCGGGCGCCACGCCCAACUCCGACGGCCGCGUCGGUCCGCGAUGGGGCACGGGGUCAUUCUCCUUCAAGAUCAUGUGCCGCAACCAGCGCGAGAUCGACCACUACUGGGACCGCCUCGGCGCCGGCAUCGACGAGAAGUUCCAGAUGUACGGAUGGACCCCCGACAAGUUUGGCGUCAUGUGGCAGAUCUUCUGUCAGGAGUUGGACGAGCUGCACUUCAAUGUGCUCGACGAAGAUGUCCACGCGCGCCUCAUGGUUAUGAUGAAGGAGGGUCGCAAGCCCGACAUCGAGACCAUCCGCAAGGUCAUCAAGGGAAAGGGCAGCGAAGGAAACUAA